UGGGAAAGGGGACAAGUUUCGGAGUCUCAACAUCUUUUUUGUAUCGUGGUGACCAGAACUGCAGUAUUCCAACACACUAGAAGAGACAAGUCUCACUGCAGUCAUUUGAAAUAGCAUUUCAGACCACUAAAAGAGAAAGAAGACAUGUCAUUUCGAGGGAGAGGUGGAAAUAAUCGUGGUGGAUUCAGCCGUGGUGGCGGUGGUUUCAACAGAGGAGGAAGAGGUGGUGGAAGAGGUGGAUUUGGACGUGGAGGAGGACGUGGUGGCUUUAAUAGAGGCGGUUAUGACCAAGGACCUCCAGAAAGUGUAGUUAUUCUUGGACAGUUUAUGCAUCCUUGUGAAGAUGAUAUUGUUUGUAAAUGUGUCACUGAAGAAAACAGAGUGCCUUAUUUCAAUGCACCAGUUUAUUUAGAAAAUAAAGAACAGAUUGGGAAAGUGGAUGAAAUAUUUGGGCAACUUAGAGACUUUUACUUUUCAGUUAAGCUCUCAGAAAAUAUGAAAGCUUCAUCUUUCAAAAAACUACAAAAGUUUUAUAUCGACCCAGCAAAAUUGCUCCCCCUGCAGAGGUUUUUGCCAAGGCCGCCUGGGGAGAAAGGAGCCCCAAGAGGUGGGCGGGGAGGAAGAGGAGGGCGAGGAGGGCGAGGCGGAGGUGGCCGAGGUUUUGGAGGUGGCCGAGGCUUUGGAGGUGGUAGAGGUUUUGGAGGUGGUGGAGGUGGCGGAGGCUUCAGAGGAGGACGAGGCAGAGGUGGUGGCCGAGGAUUUAGGGGAAGAGGAUACUGAGUGGAGCUGCUGGAAACAGGACAUUUAUGGCUUCAUUAGAGAAAUGUAAAGAGAAGACUUCUUAUGAACUUGAAUGAUACAAAAUGGAAACCAUUUUAAGCAUACAGUUAGCUGAAGAGUAAAGUGUUACCAUGCCAAAAGUUCAUAGGUUUCUUUUAAUAUGCAACAGUUUUAAGAACUAGAUAUCUGGCUUGCAAUCUAUGUCAUUAUUUGGAGACAUUAAGUGGAAGGUUAUUCUUAAACUUUUUAAAAGGGACUGUUUUUAAUAUCAAGAAUUUAUCCCCUUAUAUCUUCAGUGAAACUAAAUAACAACUUUCAAAGGUGUCUACUUUAAAAUGUCAAAUAAAAAUAUUUUGGAUUUA